AUGUAUGCAUGUGUGUGUAACGUCCGUAGGGAAGUCGCUAUCGGCUUGCAGAGCGUGAUCCAGCCCUCGGAGCUUCCGCGCUUCGUCGCUUUAUCGGAGCCCGAGAAGGAAGAACAAUUGGCGGAGCUGGCUCUUAUCGUAGCGGGUAUUCGUCUCUUCAACCGCGACCGUCAAAGCGGUGGUGAAGGCAUCGACGACCUGCCGAGUGUCUUACAGCAGGGUAUCAAUACGACGCACUCGUCAAUCGUUCAACUGCUGGAGACGCUGAUGGAAUACGUGUACAACUUCACCGCGGCCAUCGAGGCGGCCCUGAAAAGCGAGUCUUUCGGUGGCAACGACAACGACGCGACCAAACAUGACAAGCAGAGGAGAUUCCGAGAAGUCACAUGGUUCACCGAAAAACUCGUUGCCACUCGACAGUACGAGAUUUACGUGAGAAAGCUGCUGUCGGACUUGGAGGUCUGUGAGGUGGAAACCAAGUUGCUGAUCAAUCGCUUGCAUCACUCGUUCCUUCAACUUCACGAGACGGUGAAGUUCAGAACUGCCGUACCUACGAACAAAGUUUACCCGUCGUUCAAGGAAAUCGCCGAGAUUUGGUUGAGGCUGCAAAACGAGGUCAUAGUUUUGAGUAGCGUCAACGAAAUGCUCUUCGAGCUGCAAGAUAUAUUUCCUAAGCACAUAAAUCAGCGCUACCAAAGUGCCCUUAAGGCCAUGUUGUCAGACGUCGAGGUACUAACUGAUGCCGAAAGACUCGAACGAACAAUGGGAAAGUCAAUAG